AUGUCUAUAAGUAAGACGCGACAUCAGUGCCACGAACCCCUCAUUACUGGAAAAUCCUGCCACAAAACCAUCGUCCACUCCGUCAGCUCAUUACGAUUUUCGCUUCCCCGACGGAUCUCAAAAUCUAUCGCUGGCCGACUAAACAAUGCCGCCUUGUCAAUGUACAUGGCACGAGUCUGCACGCGAACACCCCGUAUACCUGCACGUGCAUAUUGUGUGGUGGGGCCGAAGCUAGUAGACACAAGCGACAAGUUACGGAACAGACUACUUUUGCACGGUGCCGCAGGAAGCCUGUCGAUUAUGUGCACACUGCAGAAUGUACAUGGAAUGUGA